UUUAUUUAUACAUAAUAUGAAUAUAAACCAACAUGAUUACAAAACAAGAAAUGUGGACAAUAGAUCGUUGACGUCUGUGUGUCCAAACACAAAACAGUGACGUCAUCCGUCAAGAACAUGCGGGUAAAUACAAUUACGAUUUAAGUUAAACAUGUUUAAACAAAAACGGGUCCCUAAAUGUCAGAGAAAACAUGCUGCACAUGACACUCGUGUUACACCAAUAAAAAGGACUUCACGGUCUCUGUUGUGCAGGUGCGCGCAUGGCAUGUUUUCAAAGAACAAAGAGCCAUGUGCGCGCACGACCCUCUGUUUCUAAUGACACACGUGUAAUCUGAUCACGUCCAGUAAUCCUCGUGAAUAAACACAAACUACAGCUCAACUCCACGCACUGUCAAGAGCGCACUACCUCAAACCAAACUAGCUACUGCGACACUGUGAAAUAAAGAGGGAAAGUAAUAAUGCGCGAUCUGUGAAUAGAUUGCAAAUGUCAUUUCCAUAUAGGCCUACAUAUUGCGAGAAAACCAUCGGAUGUAGUUGAACGUCGAGAUGGGGCGCAGCUGUUGAACAAAAACUCGCGUUACGCAACAACUGUGGCCAUGCUUUUGUAAAAAUAAACAUAUGGUCGUAUUGCAAUACGUUUUAGCACAAUUAGUGUAGCACAAAACAAGUUAAGAUUAAAAAGCAGUCUUAACGUAAGGAUUCAUUGACAAAGACGCUCUGUUGCGCACAAAGUAGCACUACGACAACUUGUGCCGUUUUGCUAUCACAAAGCAACGCCUCGUCUCUUUCCACUGCGGUGAACAGUAAUACUGGUCAGGCAGAAGAAAACAUGCUGUGGCUCUGCUCCUAAGAAACUUGGUUCGAAAAAGAGCCCCGCCCUCUCUUUCUGCCUCUUCUGAAGCCUUAUAACCAGAUGCCCGUUCUUCAGGCGCAGAUACACAAGAACGGCACUGGACUUGACCACAGUUUCGCACAGAUCCUGGAGCCAAGCGAAAAAUACCUGACGGAUUAUAUCUAUACGUUUGUUUGUUUUUUCAAAGUUAAACCCUUCUUGCGGAAGAAAUGGAUUUUUUAAAUCACAACUACUUGAGUGCGCGCAACCCGUAUGACUACACCUUUAAUUUUUGGAAUGACUAUCUCGGGCUGUCCACGUUGGUCACGAAGAACAAGCACAGCGUCCCGCAGAGUCCCAACUCCAUCACGGAGUCGCUGAAAGCUACCCUGGGCUUGGACGACUCCCCUCCGUGCCCGUGCGCAAUCGCGGCCGGAGGUGAAGGCGAAAGCGGAGGGCACCUGGACUCUUGCUGCUGCCCUCCGCCUACCUCCAUUUCCAUCCUGGACCUGAAAGAGCGCUUCUCCAUCCUGAGUCCCUUCCAGAACCAAAACCAGGGCACGGGGGGGCUGAUGUCCUCCUCUCCGGAGCGGGAGAUGGGCAUCGGAGGGAGCUUCGCGGGAUUUGAUCUGUUCGGUGUAGAGAGGAAGAUGAGAAAACCGGCAGCGCGGAAUAAGCAGGAGCCCAAGAUCUGCGUCUUCUGUCGGAAUAACGGCGCGCCCGAGGAGGUUUACGGCUCCCACGUUCUGAAAACCCCGGACGGGAGGGUGGUGUGCCCCAUCCUGCGGGCGUACACAUGCCCCUUGUGCAGCGCCAACGGGGAUAACGCACAUACAAUAAAAUACUGCCCUCUCUCCAAAGACCAGCCUGGCCAGAGAGUGCUGAAAGGAGGCAGAGCUGUGGGUGGUAAGCGAGUGAAAAUCUUCUAGAAAAAGACUGCUGCGUAACUAUAGACUUACAUUUAUUGCACUGAACAUUUCUUUCCAAUGACUGUUCUGAUUGCGGCUUUCCGAGUCUAAACUAGGCUACAGGAUUUAUUAAACAAAUAAGAUAUCAAUGUUUUUGUCAAGAAUACGAAAAAAAAUCUCUUAUAUUUUUAUAGAUACUUUAUUUCCAUAGUUUUAUUGCAUACUUUAUUCAUAAAAAAGCUAUUUUUCCUUUUCACACAUAGGUUUAGAUGUUUAUUCGUUGAGAAGUCACGAUUCAUAGUCACGUUUUUAUUGAAAUAAUCAAACAAUAAUGUUAUUUUUGUUUAAAAUGGGAGACAUGAAUGUUAGCAAAUAUAUAUAUAUAUAUAUAUAUACACUAGAGGAGUUGCUCUUCUGUCAAACUCGAGUAUUUUCUUUACUGUAAGCCAAGCUUGCACCUCAUUUUUGUCUUUUAAACCAAAGUUUAUUUUUUGCCAUUAAUCGGUUUUAAGAAUGUUCCACACGUCUUCAUUUACUCGACAGGCCUUUGAAGUGAAGUUUAGCCCUAUUCCGUUCUUCCCUCAGAGCCCACUCCAUAAUUUCCUUCCCUCCGGCCUCUGACAUUUAAUACGCGCAUGCACGGACGCGCAAGAGCAACACAAUAGAGUCUCUGUUGCUCGUUCAUGUUCUCCGCAUAACUUUACAAUCAGCCAAAUUAUUUCAGACCCUACCGACAGAGCAAGACUAGGUGACAUUUUACAUUACAAUGUCCCUGUUACACGCAUUACAUGUAAAUAAAACGAAUAACCAUAUAUAGUCACACUAACAAAGUGAAGCAGCUCCAAAAAGAAACGAAACAGGCCUAUUAAAGGACAUUAGUAUUCAACACACUGUAACAUGAACAAUCUAAUACAACGUGUGGCCACAUGUGCCCAGAUAUCGUUUUAAAUGACUCUAUGAGGUGCCCUUUCAAUGUUUACACCCCGAGUAGGGGAACACACACUGGAGAGAAAGAAAUCCUAUGGGUGCCUCUGCUCAACAAAGUUCACCUUUCUCCAAAACAUCCCGGGCGGGGAAGGAAAAGGUUCAUGAAAAACAAACAGUUUGACCAUUUUUAAGGGUGAAAUAAAGCACGGUUGAAUGUUCUUAAUAAAAAAAAGCUUUUUUGUAAAAACAAUGUAUUUGCCCCGUUUUGCAUUACCUACAAUAAAAAAAUCCCAAAAAGAAAACAAAAUAAGGAUGCAACCAUAUCGUGAAUGUACAAUUGACACUUGCAGGACUGCACAUUUCUGACAGUUACGUAUGUUUACCAAAGGAAUUCAAUUUUAAUGAAGUGAGGAAAAUAAAUUUGCUGUAUUGUAAAUACGUACCGAAAAAUGGAAAAGCAUUAAGUGAUGUCUAUUCAGUAUUUUACUGUUAAAAAGUGACUUCAGAGGGAUCUACCUCACCAGGAUUUUGUACUCACAUGUAAAAUGUCAACAGCCGUUUAUUAAUAUAGUGUACCAUUUAUAACAAGGGUUUAUAAUAGUAUUUUUGAUCUUUGUAUAACAUAAUUGUAUUUUUUUUCAUUGCAUUCUACAGAUGAAAAGUGAAAUUCCAAUAAGCUCGAAGCGUUGUUUGCUAAUAGGCUGUACAUAAUAUGAAUAAAUGACAAUAUCAUACAUUUUAUGUUGCUGUUCGAUGUUACGCUCGUGGGUGGUGUGAGAGAGCGACUGAGAAUUAAAUGUUGCCGACGAUUUGCCACGUUUGUAAUUAAAAGAAUAAAAAUGAAACACUGUUGAAUUUUCUUAUUUAUAUUUUGUCACAAUUUCCCUGUAUGCUGCUGUGCAGAAAUUAAAGAGAUGAAUUCACUAGAGAAAUAAACAGCGUGUGAAAUGGUUAAUGGUGCAUUCAUGUUGU